GGGUCAAAAAUAAAAUAAACCACAGUUCUGGUCUGUGCCAAGUAGUUAGCUUGAUAGCACAUUCCGCACCCGAGCGUUCUAUUAUUUCCAACCUUUCCCUGAAAUAUGUCAGAUAUUUUUCCUGUCAGGUCUAAAUUUAAGUGAAAUUUGCUGCGUUUAGUGGAUUUGUAUACUGAGUUUGUUAUCCGCCCCGGAUUACUUUUGCAUUAGCUUUGUUAUCGGAGAGAGUUUAGCUGGCUAACUAGCUAGCAAGAGUAAAGAAACGCAGUGUAAAUGGGGAACAGCGCUCUCAAAGCUCACCUCGAGACCUCACAAAAAACUGGAGUGUUUCAGUUAACGGGCAAAAACCUGCAGGAGCUGUGUGUAUGACAGCAGUGUAUUUGGGGUGUGUGUGUGUGUGGUUGUGUAGCUGUGUGUGUGACAGCAGUGUAUUUGGGGUGUGUGUGUGUGUUGUGCAGUUUCCUGAGGAGUUACAGAGGCUCACUGGGAAUCUGCGCACCGUCGACUUGUCCAGCAACAGAAUCAACCUGCUGCCCGGGUUUAUAGGAAACUUCCAGCAGCUGAAGAGUCUGACCAUCAGCAACAACCGCCUGACCAGUCUCCCUGAUGAGAUGGGGAAACUGAGGAAGUUGGAGACGUUGGUGUUGACCGGUAAUCAGCUGUCCCAGCUCCCUUCCUCGUUCUCUCAGCUCAAAGCUCUGCGCACGCUCAACCUCUCAGCCAAUCAGUUCAGAGAAUUUCCCAGCAGCCUCGGCUCCCUGCGUCAGCUGGACGUCCUUGACCUGUCCAAAAACCACAUCCAGGCCGUUCCUGCCGAGGUGUCCGAGCUGCAGGCCAUCGAGAUCAACCUCAACCAGAACCAGAUCUCCGCUCUGUCUCCGGAGGUUUCUCACUGUCCGAGACUGAAGGUGCUCAGGUUGGAGGAGAACUGUCUGGAACUUUCCUCCAUCCCUUCCUCCAUCCUCACACACUCCAACGUGGCUCUUCUCUCCGUCGAGGGAAACCUGUUCGAGGUGAAGAAGCUGCGUGACCUUGACGGAUACGACAAGUACAUGGAGCGUUUCACAGCGACGAAGAAGAAAUUUGCAUGAAGGACAAAAACAAAACAAAACGGGUAACCAGGAACACAACAGAAAAGAUGAGAGAAAUAUUUCAUUGAAUGUAAAAAAAAUCCAGCGCUGCGUUCCGGUUGCAUGGGAAACUUCUGAGCGGAAUCGGGGGAAAUAAGGACCGCGUCACACUACAGUGUUCCAUCUGAAGGGUUCUUUACCAUUAGCUUUAUUCUCCUUUCUACAGCAGAGUGAAGAGUGUGUGUUAAAACCCCACAGCUUUAAUCCUACACUAACACACACACACACACACAAUGAAACACAGCCACUAUAAAUCCAACACUCAUACACACACACAGGGGGGCUGCAUGAGGCAUGAGCUUACAUACUGCUAAUUAAUUUACUUUCAUUCAUUCAUAAUAAUUUACAGAAUUAUGAAUAAUAUAAAUGCACUGACCUUUUAUUUGUCCACUGUGUGAUUGUCCAGACUAACACCAGAUCUCUCUCUGCAUGUUUAUUGCUUUAGUCCCCGGCACAUUAACUCUACAUGUAGCCACUCCCACACGUAGCCAAGUUUAUACACCUGUUAUUAACGUCUUAUUAAUACUAUAAUAAUGCUCUUAAUACUGGCAGCAUGUCGUCUUGCACCGUUAGGGCAUGUGUGUCUGUCUGUCUCUGUGUUCGUGUUUCGGUUUUCUCCAUCUUCAACAAGCCUUCGAUCCAAAAACUGUAGAAUGUACACUGCAAAACAUGUGGGGCCCUGCUGUGUCCCCCUCAGAGCUUUUAUAUUCUGCACAUCAUGAAGGACGUCCCCUAAUCCCGUGAGCAGAUAGUGGACAUGAAAUAGAAAGAUCAGUGCGAACAGUAAUGUGCUCACAUGUGUCAUGUAUAAUAUACAUAUAAUAAAUACAGGUUUAAUGAUAUUCAGCUCAGAGUGAGUGUGAGGAGUGUGUUGAGGUGUGUGCGCGCGCACCAAUUGCUUCAGGUAUCUUGGGGAAUUUGAUUUCCUGAACCCUUUCAUGCAAGACUUUAAUUCCCUGCUCAUUUUUUGCUUUUUCUCUCAGAAUCUCUGGGACUGAACAGGACUGUGCACGAAUACAUGCAGUAAAAAAUAAGAGCAUUAAACUGUACACUGUGUGUGUUUCUAAACAAGUGGUUAAGCAUCAGCUCUAAAAUAUUUAACACUGAUCAUCAGAGUAAAUAAAAGAAAGAAUCUGCUUCAGGAAAUAAAACUGCAUCAGGAUUGAAAUGGACACCAGUGAUCUGUGUUACAGGGCUGUGGUGUUGAUUCUUUAUAAAUCUAAUCUGCUGUGUUUAGACAGUACACACACACACACACACGUCUGAUUGACCACACAGCUCGACUCGGACGUCCUCACAUCCUCACGCUCCCUUUAAACUCCAUAAACAAACAGAGGAAUAA